AGCGGUGGUUUAUUUGCCAGCCUUAAGUUAAAAGCCAUUCAGAUCCAGGUAUGGAUUUCACUGUCUACCGAAUUUCUGUUCUGGCUACUCUCUUUUUUGAUUUUUGAAAUUGAAUUUUGAAAAUAUAUUAACCAAUCAGGCAAAUAUAAUUCAUAAUCGUAGGAGACUGCUCUUCUCCUAUAUUUCUCUCCUCGCUUCCUUUCUUCCUUUCCUUCUCGCUUCGCUUUUAGCUCCUUGAUUUUUUAGAUUUGCCGCAUCAACAGUUGCAGUUUGAUUGCUGAAUCUCAAGAUGCCGGCUACAGCAGGAAGGGUUCGCAUGCCUGCGAACAAUAGGGUGCAUAGUAGUGCUGCCCUACAGACACAUGGUAUUUGGCAAAGUGCAAUUGGGUAUGAUCCAUAUGCACCCAAUAAGGAUGAUUCGAAAACUUCUACCCAACCAAAGUCCUCUAAUGUUGAACCUGAGCCUGAGAAUUCAUAUGUUAAUUUCCAGGGUCUUCUAGCUCUUGCUAGAAUCACUGGUUCUAAUGCUGAUGAGGCUCGUGGUGCUUGCAAGAGAUGUGGCCGGGUUGGGCAUCUUGCUUUUCAGUGUAGAAACUUUCUGAGUGUUAAAGAUGAUAAUAAGGAGAAAGAUACAGAUGCUAUCCAGGCAGCAGUUUUGUCUGGGUUGGAAAAGAUAAAGGGAAACGGAAAAGCAGGGGUUGUAAGUAAGGAAGAAAGUGAGGAAGAGGAGGAUGAGAGUGACACUUCGGAUUCUGAGGUGGACUCAGAGAUUGAGAGGAUUAUUGCUGAAAGAUAUGGGAAAAAGAGUGUUAGUAAGGGGAGGUUAUCUAGGAAGAAGGAUGAUUCUGAUGAAGAUGCGUCGGAUUCUGAUUCUGGAGAGAGAAAGAAAAGAGGACGAUCUAAGAAAAGGAGGACCAAGAAGAGGGGGACUAGUGAUUCAGAGGAUGAGGAUGAAGGUAAAAAGAAGAGGAGGAAGAGGGAGAGGAGGAAGAGGGAUGACUCCUCUGAGGAAGAGGAAGAGCGGAGGCAGCGCUACAAGAGGAAGAGUAGGAAGGAGAAGAGGAGGAGGAGAAGUCAUAGAUAUUCUGACGAUUCUGAUUCUGAUUCUGCUGCAUCUGAUGACUCUGGCAGAAGGCACAGAAGGAAGAGCAGAAAGCCUGCACCGCCAUCUGAUUCUGAUGCGAGUGUCUCGGAUGACUCACGGGUUGGAAGGGGUACAAAGAGAUCUGAGCAGAGGAGCAAGAAGCGCCAUCAUGAAGAGUGACCCCUUGGUGGUAUAGGGAUCCAGAGAAGGUGUGAUUCUAUCCAGUUCAGUAUUAUAGGCAACUAUUACUGCACCAACUGAAGUACUCGGUUUCAUGGUUGCGUAUGCAUGUUUGAGAACUUCUCUCAAGUUUCCUUUAAAAAAAAAAAAAAAAAAAAAAAAAAAAAAAGAAACAGAUCAGGAGUGAAUGUUCAAAUGUUUGCGUACGAUGUGUGUAAUGAAUGUAUAAAUUAUUGCUUUUUUCAAUCUUUCGUAUGAAAGCACCAUUUUCAUCUCGAUAUGUACUUAAUUGAUUGCUGGUUAUUGAUUCUCAAGGCAGCUUGAUCUUUCCCUAGUAGCAGCAAUUUUGAA